AUGGCAUUAUAUGAUCACACUGAUCUUCCUAGUGGAUCUCCAAGUAGCAGACUUCAGGAACAGGGGGCAACGUUGGGUGACAUCAUGGAGAAGAAGCCCCCAUGGUUUUUUACAGCCCUUCUCGUGACCUUCUGCAUCUCUGGGAUCUUGACUGAGAAGAUUUUGCAAGGAAAGGUCUUCGUCUUCCCCAAGGCUUCUACCAACUCCUACGUUCUCCUGAAGCCCAACUUACAACAAGGGCUGCGACACUUCACCCUCUCCCUCGAAUUUUUCACCGAUUUGACCCGCAGCUUUGUCCUCUUCUCGGCUGCUUCCCAGGAUCACGACAACGAGAUUCUCCUGAUACGACACCCUGAAGAAUACCACACUUGUGUGGGAGGGGAGUGCGCCGUUUUCACAAUGCCCAAACUCACGGCUCGGUCUACCGUCAGUUGGGAAUCGAUUUGUAUGACUUGGGAUUCAGCUACCGGGAUACUUCAGCUUUGGUUGAAUGGUCAGCGCCUACCAAGGAAAGGAGUAGCGAAGGGCUACGAGGUCAAGGUGGAUCUGGUGGUCAUGCUGGGGCAGGAACAAGAUUCCUAUGGGGGCACCUUUGAUGCGGAUCAGUGCUUUGUGGGGGAAAUCGCUGAGGUCUACCUUUGGGACAACGUCCUGCCUGCCGAACAGAUACGCAACAUCCAGCAACAUACCACGCCGGCCCCUUUAGUGGCCUGGACCUCGCUGAAGUUUGAAAUCCAAGGCUACGUGUUGAUGGAGCCCUUGUGA